AUGGUUUUUAUUGCUCCAACAAUCGAAUCUGUUGCUCCAGUAAAUUGUGAACUUCAAUUGGAAAGUGGUCGAAAUAUUCAAUAUAUUGCUGCACGAAAUGCAAAUCCACGUGGACAUGUUGGCGAUCAAUUGCCAAUUAUUCGCAAAUCUUCAUUUCAUCCAAUUAUAAAUGAUUGGGAAAGUGUCAACACACUUUGUCACGCGAUUGAUAAUAUUGUUGAGAUUGAGAUGGAAACCGAUUUUUUCUACAACAAAUCAGUUCUUGAAAUUGGUUUCUCAACCGGAUUGCCAUCUGUUUAUGCAUUUGAAAAUGGUGCGAAUGAGAUUGCGAUUUACACAAAUGACAACACCAACACCGAAUUAUACUGUAAACCAACAUUGCGUCGCAAUAAUAUUCCAAACAACAAAACAAAAGUGUCAGCGGGAACUAUUCAGGACUUGCGAAAAUUCCUUGGUGGCAAAAAAUUCGAUGUUAUUCUCGCACCAGAUUUGUUGAAUCGCUCACAAGCAGAAUUCGAUUUGGUUCACGAUUUGAUCGAAGAAGCAAUGGCCAAUGAUGGAAUUUGGUAAGUAUCUUUGGAAGAAUUUUCGGAAAAAAAAUAGUUCAAAAAAAAAGUAAAAUUGCCCCGAACCAGGAUCGAACUGGUGACCUUUAGAUCUUCAGUCUAACGCUCUCCCAACUGAGCUAUCGAGGCACACGUUCUCGCAGCAAAUAAUUUAUCAUGUGAACAAACAUAUAUUUUUUGCAGUCUUCUCUCUUCUCUCACAUAUUAUCAUCAUGUUGAUGGAAGUUUGGACGCAUUUUUGGACCUCGUAAAACGUCGAAGACAAUUCGACGCGUUGGAAAAAUGGAGCUCAUCAAAACACGAUAUUAUUCAACAGAAAGUUGUUCAAUUAACAAGGUCAUUGUUCUAA